UGAGGGUUUGGAUACGGAACUGAGGACCCAGCUCGAAGCGGCGGCGAGUGUACAGUGUGUGUACAGUGAGUGUACAGGGGGCUGCUCAAGGCUGUGCCGAGUGGACCUCCAGAGCAAUGGCAUGGAGGAGGUCGAGCGCGGAGCGCUGGGUGGGCUACCGGCACUGCGCGAGGUCUACCUGGGCGCCAACAGCCUCUCCACGUUCCCUGCCUCCGCGUUCGCCCCCCCGCUGCCCGCUCCUGGCCCCACCGCUACCAGCGUCCUCAUCGGCGGCGACAGUGACAACGCCGUUGGCGACGUCGGCGGCGCCGGUAGCUGCGACCUCGCGAACGCCGACGUCAGUGUCAGGAGCGGAGGCAGCGGCGUCGCCACCUUGGACCUAGGGUUCAAUUCGAUCUCCUUGCUCCACGCCGAUGACCUCCGGUGGCUGCUGGAACUGAGGACCCUGAACCUUUCCAAGAACCAAAUGACCGAGGUGUCCUCGGGCUUCCUGCGCGGUUCCCGUCGCCUCCGGCGCCUGCUCAUGUCCGCCAAUCGGCUCAUGAGCGUGGCCGGCAUCUUCCCCGAGGACCUGGGCCUCCUGGAGGCCCUCGACCUGCGCAGCAAUUAUCUGUCCAAGCUGCCGGCGGGAAACUUCGCCAACCUCACCUCGCUCCUGUUGCUCAACGUUGCCGACAACCAGAUCGCGGAGGUGGAGGACGGCGCCGGCCUCGUCAACCUUACCAACCUGGAGUUCAACAACAACUACCUGCACUACGCGUCCGCGGGCGCCGUCCGCAGCCCGCCGAGCUCCACGCCUGGGGAGCUCUACCUGUCGGUGCUGGACGCCGGCACGUUCCUGCCAACGCCCAACCUGCGCUACCUGGACUUGGGCUCCAAUCCGCUGUGCGGCGUGGAGCCGGCGCUGCUGCGGCCAGUGCCGCUCCUCGACGAGCUGCACCUGCGCGGCGUCCGCCUGGACGACGUCGCCUUCCUUUCCCGGCUCAACCUGAGCCUCCUGCGGGUGCUACGCGUGAGCAACAACCGCGUCGGCGAGGUGUCCGCCGCCGAGCUCGGGGCGCUGCCGCCGAGCUCGGGGUGCUGCCGCGCCUGCAGUUACUCGACGUCGUGGGCAACCCCCUCUCCUGCGGCUGUGACAACGCGUGGUUGA